UACAAAUUUGUAGGCCGGCUCAUGCAUUAAUGGAAUCCCAUGUACAAAAUGCAGAGUGGAACUUUUAGGCACGCCUGAAGCCGUGACGGUGAGGUUGAGAAGCCGAGAGAGAGAGAGAGAGAGAGAGAGAGAGAGUGAGAAUGGCAGCCGGAGCGAUUACGCUGAGUAGUGGCUACAAGAUGCCGGUGAUCGGGCUGGGGGUUUGGAGGAUGGAGGGUCAAUCUAUCAGAAAUCUUCUCUUUUCCGCCAUAAAGAUCGGCUAUCGCCAAUUCGACUGCGCAGCUGAUUACAAAAAUGAAUCUGAAGUUGGCCAUGCACUCGCCGAGGCCUUGCAAACAGGUCUAGUAAAAAGGGAGGAGCUUUUCAUCACUACGAAGCUUUGGAACUCAGAUCACGGUCAUGUGCUUGAGGCCUGCAAGGAUAGUUUGAAAAAGCUUCAGCUUGAAUAUCUGGAUCUUUAUCUUGUGCACUUUCCUGUAGCUACAAGACACACUGGGGUUGGGACUACUGGAAGCGCUCUUGCUGAAGAUGGGGUGCUAGACAUUGACACAUCCAUAUCUUUGGAGACUACCUGGCAUGGAAUGGAAGAUCUUGUUUCAAAAGGAUUGGUUCGUAGCAUUGGAAUCAGCAACUAUGACAUCUUUCUCACAAGGGACUGUCUUGCUUACUCCAAAAUAAAGCCUGCAGUCAACCAGAUAGAGACACAUCCUUAUUUCCAACGUGAUUCUCUUGUUAAAUUCUGUCAGAAGCAUGGGAUUUGUGUCACAGCACACACUCCCUUAGGCGGUGCUGCUGCCAAUACUGAGUUGUUUGGCAGUCUUUCAUGCUUAGAUGAUCCUAUCAUUCAGGAGCUGGCUAAGAAGUAUAACAAGACUGUAGCUCAGUUUAUACUUCGCUGGGGAAUUCAAAGGAACACGGUAGUUAUCCCAAAGUCCUCAAAGUUGGAGAGACUGCAGGAGAAUUUCCAAGUUUUUGACUUUACUAUAUCAGAUGAGGACAUGGAUAAAAUUAAGUCUAUUGAUAGGAAUUACCGUACCAAUCAGCCUGCCAAGUUCUGGGGUAUAAAUCUUUUUGCCUAGGUGACACUAUUGGGAAGCUUCUUCCGAAAUAUUGGGAAAGAUUUUUAUGCCUACGUGGCAUUGACUUGAGAAGAUGGCAAAAACAUUUUAUCUUUGAUCUUGUUAAUAAAAAACUGGCGAUUUUACAGCGUUCAGUUGUUUUGGUAAAGUGUAUGGAAUCAACUUUUUGGUUCAUAUUUGACAUUAAACUGUUACUUCCUUAUAUGCUUUU